AUGGAAAUCAGCAGUGGCUUUGGUGGCCCAAUACUCAAACUUACAGAGGGCGUCCAGAAGAUCGCCCGAUCGGUGCGCGGUGAUAGCCCUCAUUGGAAUGGCCAAGCGGCUAAGGACUUGGCCUCAAUUUUGAAAUGGGACUCGGAUUCUAUCCGAGACUUCGAUUACGAGGCAGGGCCUCUCAUGAGAGUAGCAUCGGCGACGCUGGUCUCCAGUGGCUGUGAGACAGGAAGGACUGACGACGAUUCUGAUCUCAUCAAACGUCUCGCUUUAGACAGGGUUAUAUGCGAGGCUUUCCCGUGUCAUGUCCGGCUUCUGAGGUUGUCCAUCAUCACUGCCUGUAAUUCAGCUACAGCAGAGCGGUGCUCCAGCACGGCCAAGCGGCUGACGGGGCCCGCUAGGCAGCGAACGAGUUCACGACACCUCACUGCCUUGGCAAUGAUAAGACACGAGGGUCCAUCACUGGAUUGCGUGGACGAUGUGACCGCAUUGGUUAAAGAUGUGGCGAAGACCUUUUUGUCCAAGCCGAAUAGAAGAGUCGCUGCAUAA